AGGAGUGUAUGUCGACUACAGAGCAUAUGAACAGAGACUGGAGCUGUGGACUCACAGGUCUAUACUGAGACACUACUGACUACUGGAGUCGGUACUACAGGACUUCCAGACACACUACUGAAACUACUGGAGUGUUGAACUGAAUCUGAAACGGAACAGAAUCAUGUACUGCACUUCCUAUCCUGUCUCUGCCGGGACCACCAGCAAUAACCUGAUGUAUUGCUACGUCAAAUCGGUUUACGAUCAAUCUCCAAGUCACCACGACCUCAACCCUGACCCCUCCUCCUGUGGCGAACAACAGGGGAUUAACAGUUCACCUGACAUGUGGAGCUCCAAUGGAAUGAACCAGGCUGGCUAUGGAGCAAUGGGAGGGGAUUCAGCCCACCAAUCAGGAAGCUACAGUAACCUGCAACCGUCACACAAUCACCUGGUCUAUUCUCCCCAUUCAGUCUUACCUGUAGAGGUGAACAGGGGUCUUCCUCCUAUGUCUACCUUCCACCGUAACAACCCUGCUUCAUCUCACUCCCUGUCAGCCAACAGCUCAGAGAACACAACAGGACACCCGUCUACAGGAUGGUCUCAGACCGGAGCAGCCCUGGGGAAAACACUGGCUUCUAUGUAUUCUCCUGACUACACUAGCAGCAGUGAAAACUCCUCCACACCAGAGAGGUCUCCAUCUCCACACACAGGGUCGGCAACGUGUCCCCCAGCUAACCAGGCCUCUCUCUCCUCCAGCUACCAGGCCUCCCCUAUAUCACUGUAUGUGCUGCAUAACCAUGCGGCAGGACCCAUCCCCAGCCUGCCGUCUGACAUGCACAGCCUGUUGAACCAGGCUAACCAUGGACACAGAACCACCAUGGCACAUGACACAGCCAUGGUAGAGGCUGUCAAUCUGAACAACAACAACCACCACCCUGUGUUGCAGAGCCGUUCACAGAACAACCAAGGCCACUCCUUCCUAGCGGGUCUUCCUGCAGGACUUGGUGGCUUGGAGCUGAAGUUGGAGGGUCUGGAGAAAGAUGAGCAGUAUGAGCUACAUCACAGCCAUCACUACCAGGGUCACAGACACAGCCACAGCUCUGACAGCCACAGCCAGCGCUCCGACGAGGAGAGCGUGUCACACAAGACGCAAGGAGACAGCAUGACCAGCAGCAUCCAUGAGGAAGAGGACAACCUGAGUCCGGAGCAGAAGGCUGAGCGGGAGCGGGAGCGACGGAUGGCCAACAACGCCCGCGAGCGCCUUCGUGUCCGUGACAUCAACGAGUCGUUCAAAGAGCUGGGUCACAUGACCCAGCUGCACCUGAAGAGCGAGAAGCCCCAGACCAAGCUGCUUGUUUUACACCAGGCCGUGGCUGUAAUACUUAGUCUAGAACAACAAGUCAGAGAGCGUAACCUGAACCCUAAGACAGCCUGUCUGAGGAGGAAGGAGCAGGUGAAGAUGUCCGCUGGGUUAACAGAUGCCCAGGGCCUGCAGCAACACCAGGCAUCACCACAUCCUGGACUAGACACUGCUAAUCCCAUGGGACAUCAUGCCUAAACAUCUAAAACAGAUGAAGUGUGGAAAAGGAUCAUCCUGAGAUGGUGAAAGACUAUCCAAUGACAUUCAGUGUUAUCUCUGGGACCCAGUAGCGAAGAAACAGAAGGAUUUUUGUUGGGGGGAGACAACCUAAAGUGUUACAGCAGCUAAUUAAUCACGACAGUAGUGACAAUUUCCUCCUGAUCGACUUUCACUUGUGCCUAAACUUACUUGUAACCAGCAAAUGUUUUGUACAAAAUGUUUUUUAUAUUCGUUAGUACAGUGAAUGAAAAAUGUACAGUGAAAAAAAAAACACAACACUGUCCUGUUUAAAACAAUGUUUAUUUCAUCACUUUGUAUCCUCCUCUGUCAGUGUUGUCCUCUUAAAAGGCUCUGCAUGGUCAAUCCAACAUCUAUCAGUGGCCGUACAGCAUUAAAUAAAUUGGUCUGAACCGCACAACUCCCAGUGAUUCAGGGAUAAUCUCUAUAGCCAUCCAGCUAAUUUACGAGCAACUGGCUAAACGAAAAGACAAGAUCUUAUCUCUACUGAGAUGUCAGAGUCUGUUUCCCGGUGCUUGACAUAGGAGCUCAGCCAAAACAACAUGAAGUACAAAGGUUGCAUCUCCAUCACGAAUCUCUCCAUUUGCCCCCCAAAUUAGUCUACAUUUAGGCUAUUGUUUAUUUGUGUAUUUCACACUACGUUGAGGUAAAAAUGCUUGUAUGGAUGUCAACCCCAAUACAUGUUCAUGUCAUCAAUCAACUGCAUUACAGGUAAAAACGACUUUGACUACCACCUCUGAUUUUUGUAUGCUAGCUAUGUGUGUGUGCCAAUCCAGCGUCCUUCUAUCCCCCACGGUCUUCAUUCCAUUGACCUCUUCACCCUUCUAUCCCCAUUACCUCCCUGAUCUCUUUCCAGGAGUUCAAACUCAUUUUUGUGUCUUAGAAAUCCCUAGACAAGGUAUCAUAAAUAUGUUUUUUAUUUGUGAACUUGUUCUGAUAGCCUGUCGUCAAAGUUCUACAUUUUCGUUGUCAAGGAAGUUAAUUUGUGUUUAUACAGGAUGUACCUCCCCACCUACCGUCAACCAAUCAUGUCAAUCCGGAGCUAUAUGGAGCUAUAUGGAUCCCUUCGCGUUGUUACGGAAUUUGGGAGGCGCACGGCAUCGCCAUACGGAGCUCGAUUUGGCCUCAUCGAGCCUCCAGAGGCACUGCAAUUGAGUCACACUCUUCAUAUUGAGACUCUGGGCCGCAUGCCAGAUCAAGCUUAAAUUGGCUUUAAGGCUGAAACAAGGCUUAAAACUAAUUUAUGCUUGCUCCAACAAUAUGAGCUGGAGGCACCGUACGGAGGGUGUGACGCAAUAGCGGAGGCUCCGGAGGCUUGAGGAGGCCAAAUCGAUCUCCGUACUGCAUCUCCGUGCUCCUUGACGAAAGGUGAGGGCUGGAGGUCCUGCAUAAACACAAACUCACUUCCUUGACAACUUCCUUCACAACAGCUCUACUCUGCUCCACGAAGUGAUGUAUGGCCACUGCAGAUGUCGGGUUGACCAAGCAGAGCCUUUUAGUUGUAUGUACAUACUUGUGUUUAGGCAGAGUCAGACUUUUUAGAGCUAAGUGCACUUUUUGGCUAGGCUACAGAUGGAUUAAUACUUAAUUGUUCCGUUUUUUUUAAUAGAAAAUAUUGAUUACUUUUUACUAACUUGCUGUAGUUGAUCUUUUCUACAAUUACUAAUAUCUAAAUAUCUGAAUUACAGAUUUUAAAUUUGAAACAAAAAAAUGUUUGUUUUUUUCAGAAUUUUUUUUUUUGUCAUAUAUUUUACGAGACAUUGUAAAUAAUGAUACCCUAAACAAGCCUCGGCUUAGUGUAUAUUGGAGAAUUCCAUAAUGGGGGAUGUCUGUAAAACCCAUACCUUCAGGUAUGUACAGUUAUGUUGAUGAGUGUCACCUAUGUCAUCUACAGGAAAUGUAAACCAUAAAGAUUUUUUUUAUUUUUCCCUACAAUUUUCAUUCUCAGAAAAGACAUCCGGUAUGUAUUAUUCGAGGAGUUAAUGAUCAUGAUGAUGAUGAUGAUGAUGAUGAACACACGCGCAAUUUCUUGAAUAGCUGGACAAUUCCGCUAGGGGGAACACGUACUUGUGAAUAGAGACUGGAAUAGGGAGGGGGAAUCCCGAGCGCCAUAAAACAGCUCCCGCAACACUGGCACUUCAGCCAGAGCACUACUUUUAACAGAACUGCGCGAAUUUAGGUAAGACAAUCACAAAGAUUUUGCGCACUGGGACACUUUUCUAAAUCCGUCUAACAACUGUUAUUCAAACCAAUUGCACAGUUAGUGCUUUGUAAAGUGAUUCUCGUUUCGGCAAUGUUUUUUUUUUGUAGGCUGUUUUAUCGUUCAAGAACAUCACGUUUGAUCCGCUAGUAAAGGUAGAGUGGUGUUUUAUUAUCCGCUGGUAAAACUGCAUUGAGGAUUAUCCAUGCAUAUAUCCUUUGUCUUUAAUUACAACCGUACAAAUAGAGGCUGAUAAAGUACUUGUGAAGGAUACACAUUUUUGAUAUUGGUUAAUAAUUCAAAGGGAGUUCCCGGGUGGUCUAAGCGGUCUAAGGCACUGCAUCUCAGUUUUUGAGGCGUCUCUACAGACACCUUGGUUCGAAUCCAGGCUGUAUCACAACCGGCCGUGAUUGGGAGUCCCAUAGGGCAUGGCACAAUUGGCCCAGCGUCGUCCGCGUUUGGCCGGGGUAGGCCAUCAUUGUAAAAAAUAAUUUGUUCUCAACUGACUUGCCUAGUUAAAUAAAGGUUAAAUGUAAAUGAUUUCAAUAAUUUUUUUUAGAUAUUUUUGUUCAUUAAAGAACUGUAUUCCCACUGGGCAAAAACUGGAUUAAUCAACGUUGUUUACACGUAAUUUCAACCCCAAAUCAAAGUGACGAUGUUGAAUCAAUGUGGAAAACUCCGUGGAAUUGUAAAAAGUCCUUCUUUUUUUUCCACCUAAAUUUGAACCUAAAUCCAAUGACAUGGUGACAUUUUGUUGUUGAAGUCACAAUAGUUGACAAAUCAACCAAAUGUAAAUCAAAACUAGAUGUUGAACUGACAGCUGUUGCCCGGUGGGCUGUAAACACGGUAACAACUGUCACCUAUAUUAGAAAACAGUACUUUUGCAUGUUGUUUAUUUCAAUAACAAUGUACAUUGUUCUAAAAACUAACGUGUGUUUUUGUUUUUUGUUCCGUAACUGACUUUCUCUCAUAAUCAUAUCAUAAACAUGUGGAUGACAAAAGUCUGGUCGGAGUGUGUGUGUGUGGAUAACGAUAGUCUGGUUGGCGCGACCACGGCCAGUGGUACUCGUCAUGCAGCAGUAUUGUCCUGUAUACAAUAGUUACACUGUUAACACACUGAAUAAACUGUUUUCUAUAUCAA